CCAAAUAGGCAUAAUUGCGGCGAACGUAAUUGAUGGAGACUGCGUACAUGUUUUAUUGGAGGAUUGAAAAGACCAUGGGGAUGAGAAUAGCCUAUGGUUUAUGUCGUUAGACUGGUGUGAUAGUUUGCGGCACAGGGCAUUGAUCACCGCGGGGUGAUUCACCUUCUCUGUGGGUCUCCAUCAAUAUGCUCUCAGUUUGCGUCCGCUUGGUCCGCCUCCAGGCAGAGCGCGUACAACUCCAUUCGAAGCAGCUACAGCCGCGCAUGGUCGCCAAUCUGUCCCGUUUAUCGGUCACAGAAUCCUUUUAGGCAGCCUUCACCGGAGGAUAGCCUACAUUUGGACAACGCAGUCCCUUCCGGAUUUCAAAUAACAUUUUACCGGGUAUUCUUUCAAGGAAUGAUUCUCUUUUUCUUUAUUUAGGCCAACGUUUUCCUUGACAACUGGAUAUUUUUUUAUUUCUUGAAACCCCUAUGGCCAGUCUUUAUAUCAAUGAAAUGAUACGUCUGCUGUGCGGACCUGCGCGUCAUCGGUUACCUUGCUGGUUUUCCCGGGCGUGGUAUUCAUGCUAGACACUACAGGGGACACAGAUCAAGUGUUGUACUGGAAAGACACGUGUGCCGGCAAGACGCCACCAAUAACAAUGUGCUGUACAGCAAUCAAGACUGUUUCCUAAGCAGGCCUAAACAAUAGUAGUUAUCCAAAACACACAUAUAGAGAGAGUGUGAACUUGACUAAAGCCCCCCAAAAUGACUCACUUGCAAGCGGGCCUGAGCUCCGAGACCACGGAGAAAGCUCGACAGGAGCUCAACGAGAACCCCGACACCCUCCACGCGGACAUCCAGCAGGUGCGCGACAUGAUAGUGACACGGCCAGACAUCGGCUUCCUGCGCACGGACGACGACUUUAUCCUGAGGUUUCUGCGGGCGCGCAAGUUUAACCAGGCAGAGACCUUCCGGCUCCUGGCCCAGUACUUUCAAUUCCGCCAGCAGAACCUGGACAUGUUCCAGAGCUUCAAGGUGGACGACCCAGGGAUCAAGCGGGCGCUGAUGGAUGGCUUUCCAGGUGUCUUAGAAACACCGGAUCAGCACGGCCGGAAGAUACUCAUCCUUUUCGCCUCCAACUGGGACCAGGGCAGGAACUCUUUCACAGACAUCCUCCGGGCCAUCCUCCUCUCCCUGGAGGUUCUCAUAGAGAACCAGGAACUCCAGAUCAACGGCUUCAUCUUGAUCAUGGACUGGAGUAACUUCUCCUUCAAGCAGGCUUCCAAGCUCACGCCUAACAUCCUCAAACUGGCAAUCGAAGGCCUGCAGGUAGGCCUGACCAGGGAUGUGUUCAGUAGGCAUGAACAGGACAGCUUCCCUGCUCGCUUCGGUGGGAUCCAUUUUGUGAACCAGCCCUGGUACAUCCACGCCAUGUACACCAUUAUCAAACCUUUCCUCAAGGACAAGACUAGGAAAAGGAUUUUCCUCCAUGGAAACAACCUCAACAGUUUACACCAGCUAAUUCUACCCGAUUGUCUGCCGUCCGAGUUCGGCGGCACGCUGCCGCCAUAUGACAUGGGCAUCUGGGCACGGACCCUCUUAGGGCCCAACUACAACGACGAGACGGAGUACACACUCACCUACGACGCCCUCCACGUCAAAGAGAACUAUGGUGGCGGAGACAAGGAAUGUGCCGACAAACUUCUGAAAAGGUCCCAGUCAGCCGUGGAGCCGGGUACCCUACGGCAAGCAGACAGGGAGAACACGGCACAGCCACUCCUGGCUCUGGACUGAUCUCUCCCUUCCGCCCACACUGGAUCGAAACCCCUCUCAUUAGGAUUCCAACCCCACUGACUCCAAAACCUAAAGCUGAACUUUGAGAAAGUAUCAAACUAACUCUAAACCAUUGUUCACAUGGAGCUGCUGUACUGAAAACCUCUCAUCUCUCGACUUUGAGCCAGUGGCAGUUUCAGCUGUGCCAUCCACUUUCACAGGCAAACCGAUCUGUCACCAGCCAUCCAAAUCAAUGCCGAUAGGAGUAGAAUGAUUAAACGAAUGUCAGUGUUACCAGUACCACUAGGAGGGACUGACUGACAAGAGUUAAAUGUCAAAAAGUCCAGAGAACGCCAAACUGUAUCUUACUGUUUUAGGGGCUGUCGUUACUAUGAAAGUCAAUAUAUUUCAAGAUUGUAUAUUUAUCAGGGCUACUGCACCAUCGAACUGCAAUGUAUUUAAAGUAAUCUUUAAAAGAAUGUAUAGAAAAUGCAUUUUCAGUUGUGUGCUAAUUACGUGUGUGAAUGUUCAGGUUGUCAUUGAAAAUCACACAA